AUGCCGAACCAAGACGAACUUAGCCAAGGGGCCAAACAGAGAUUCGUGGAGACGGCUGCGCGGGCAAAGAACCCACUGGAAUCCCUCAGCUAUCAGAACUAUAAGGCUCCAACGGGGGAGGAGUUCAAGCUGCUGUGUCGGACUAAAACGGACGCGGAUCCAACGAUGCUGAAAUGGGCAUUCAAACUGGCCGAAACCAAUGUGGGCCCGUUCUACACACAGCUGAAAAUGGGAUGGCAGCCGAAGGUCAAGAAAUCGGAGCUGAACAAGAAAUGGGCUCGCUACUUGGUGGUCCAGAACGACAAGAAGGAGAAUGUGGCUUACUCCAUGUUCCGUUUUGACAUGGACCACGGCGACUGUGUUCUGUAUUGCUACGAAAUGCAAGUGGCCGCGCCCUACCAAAGAAAAGGUCUGGGCAAGUUCAUGAUGCAAAUUCUGGAAGACUGCGCCCGCCACUGGCACCUGGAGAAGCUUAUGCUCACUGUUCUCAAUAACAACGAGCAGUCCAUAUCCUUCUACAAGCAACUAGGUUACGGUAAGGAUGAAAUUUCUCCGGAUGUGCUUGAAGAAGCCGACUAUCAAAUCUUCAGCAAAUCCUUGCUGAACUGAACUCGAUAAAAUAAGACAACUAGAAACUAA